ACAAGCGAAAAUCAAGCCCAGCCGACCCCAGCAUUUUCCGUAAUUUUUCCUCUAUCGCCCGGGCCCGUAAAAUACCGCGCGAUACGGACCCGCAGGACGACGGUGCCCAACCACAUCCCGGUCCUGAGCCGGAGUGCCGAGCCUAGCGCCUUCCUCCGAUAUCCGGAGACGAUUCCCCGAUUCGGGUGAAUGCUCGGCUGGUGUCUGUUCUGUUGAUUACGGGAUUCGCCACUCCACGCACCAAACAAUUAAACCACGAUAAACGCAGGACGCUCGGAAGCGGGUCGUUGCUGGGAAACUCAUCUCGAGCGUAGCCGACGCGCAGAUCAAUCUCCAUCCGCAUCUCCGUGGUGGUCACGGAGCGGAGCUUCGGUUCUUCGAGCUGGUGCUGCUUCUACCUUUUGGCCGACAACCCAUACUCUCCGUCCGGUGCGAAGCAAGGGAGGCCAGAUCACUGCUUUUCUUCGCUUUUUUUGUUUCUUUUUCCCCCUUUUCUUUUCUUCAAAACCGUCGGAAAGCUGGAUUAUUCAACCAUAGUCUUCGAAGCGAUGGCUGACCGACUAACUCAGCUACAGGACACGGUAAAUCAGCAAGCGGAACACUUUUGCAACAGCAUCGGCAUCCUACAGCAGUGCUCGGUACCGAGCAAAUUCGCCGGUUUUGAGCGUACCGGAUCCCAAACGCCUCAGCAGCAAGUGCAAACGCAGGAGGACUAUCCGCAGCUUUUCUCUACCCUGAUCUCGCGAUGCGCCAAAGACAUUGAUACGCUCAUCGAAUCGCUACCGAGCGAGGAAAGCUCGAUCGAGCUGCAGGUCCAAUCGUUGCAGCGGCUCGAACAGGAGAACAAGGAAUCAGCCGAAAAACUCGAGGAAAUCGUGCGCAAGGGUGAGCUGCUACUCGAGAAGAUUCAGGCCGCCCUCAGUGAUAUCGCCCAGUCCCAGCUGGACAUGCAGUAUUCGUCGUGAUUCCGCAGGCGCGUGCACCAGCAUUCCGUUUCGCCUUUACCCGCCAGACUGGACUGGGAGUGGGAUGUAUGGAGGGGCAGCCUGGUGGAAUCAGUGCAUCCGGACCAUGUUAGUCAAUUCCGUCGGAAGGCCUUGGUUGUGGUUGCCAUCAGUUCAGGUACCUGCUGUGGCUGCAAGCUAGACGACGGACCAUUGCUGGACCGCGAAGUGUGAUCGAGGGUACCACUAUUUAUUCGUCGGUCCACCAUAUUUCAUGUCUGUGUGUUGCCGUUAAUAUAAGUGGAAUAAAGAAUGAGUUUGUAAGUUAUACCA